CGGCCCUGCCACGGCUGCGAACUUUGGCUCUGCAAGUGCUGCACGGCCAGCCCUGGGCGAGGGCUCACCUGUCCCCAGGUAGCAGGUGGGAGGCAAUCGGAGGGGCUCGAUAAGGGAGGUGUAAGUAAUUCCUUGGCUCUGGCUUAAUUCUCCUUCGUAGAAUGGCAGGAGGGAGGAAUGAGUGGUGACAGAUAUUCUUCUCUGGAGAGGGUAAAACUACAGGAAGAAGUCUCGGGCACAGUCAAGUUUGCUCUCCUUUUGAUGGGCUAUGGAAAGGAUUUGGUCCCUGUACCUGCAUUGGGCUCCCUGCCUGCACUUUUUGCUUCCUGGAGCUUUAUUUCCUGAAAAAUUUCCAGCUCUCAAAACUAUAUUCCUGUGCCCACCUCCAAAGCAUCUGGAGUUCAAGACAAGCCUCCUCAGCCCCAAAGGGGAAACCUGCGUCUGGCUGAGAGCUGGGCACUAGUAGACUCUCCAGAGCAGAAGAAGUUGUCUGGAUUAUCAAAUGAACUCGGAGUUCAUUCCUGCUCCUACAAAUGUGCUUCAUAAAAGCAUAGGGCUCAUGCUCAUAGUUGGUUAUGACAGGCUCUUACUAUAGUUUUUGGCUUGGAAAAAAGCUCCAGGUUAUGCAGCUGGGCAUUCUUUGCCUCGUCAUUCUAAAACUGUGAAUAACCAAGGCUUCCUAAGAAGCCUGGCUUCUCAGAAGUUACAGGAAUUCAGCUGAAUAAAUUUCCCUGGGAAAAGGUGCAAUGCAGAUGAAACUGACCCAAGAGAAGGAUUGGGAGCUGCAUUAAUUUCAAGGAGGAAAUGACCUAUAUAAAGCAUGUGUGAACAAAAACUUGGCAAAACCAGGUAGAGAUGAGCAGAGUAGGGCUAGCAGACAGGUGGAUCUGAGGUGUCUGUUUUGUGCAGCUGAAAGGAGGCACUGCAGGAGGAGUUGGCUGGUGGGUGUGUUGGGAUGCAAGCCUUGGCACAUGUGCUCUGAAUAAACAGAUACCCUUGCUGAGUGGAUGCUGUGAAAGCUUGCUCAGAGCUGCGGUGUUGGUGUUACAGGGUGGGGACUUAAAGCACUGAAUUGGAGAGUGUGGCUCUUCUUUUUCUUGGCACGGGAGCAGCAAUCAAGUACUAGAGCUGGCUGUGCGUGGCUUUGGCAGCCAGAACUCUGCUGCAUCACAAGGCCAGUGGUCACUGCUACUGUUGCUGCCUCAUCCCUCUCUGUGUGGUGGGAGCAGCUUUGGAACCUGGCCUGCUGCCAAGCGGGAAUUUUAUUAAAGGAAUACUCUGUGUUUAAAGUCAACUCUAAUACAGUUGACUUAAGGGGGAUGUGUGUGAUAAAUUCAUCCAGCAGUUUAUCCAGAGCCCGGCCAAAGAGAGAGUCUGCCAAAAACAUCCAUCAGAAUGUCAGUGUAAGGGCAGGAGCGAUGGAUGCAGUGUUCUGGGAGCUGCCUGGCUGCAGAGGCAUCUCCAGGGUACCUCUGGCAAAGUGCCCUUCUGUGGGUGCAUGGGGGGAGAGAGAGAGAGAGGGUGCUGCCUCCCUGGAGGGAGAGGCUGGGUGCUGGGGGGGAGGCUCUAGUGGAGGGGCACAUGGCCUGUGCCUUCUGGGAGAAGGAAUUGCUUCCAAAGCUUUGGUGAGCCUCGAGUAGGUGAGUUGUGUUUGGCAGAGCCCUGUGGCUGUAUGGAUGUUUCCCAGGGGUUUAGCACAAUCCCCGUGGAGGCUUGAGGUGCAGACUCUGUGCUGGAGGUAAAACUGGCUGAUGUGCCUUCUGAGCUGAUGUUAUUUUAAAAUGGAUAGAGGGAAGAAAGCUCCAGAGCAGUGUUGGCCAAGCCUGUGCCCUGCUGCUGUUCAGACUGUUGCUAUCUUUGCAACACUACUUGGAGGCACUUUGGAUGGAGCAGUUCUGGGGGACAGUGUUGAGCAGAGUGUGUAGCUCAGCUGAAAUGAGUGCUUUUGGCUGACAUCUGGGGUUUUAUGAGAGGUGAAGUCAGUUGUGACAAACUGAAUUCCUACUCGUACAAAAGCUUGUGAAGCCCUGGAGAGAAUCUCUCCCGAAGGGAGGCAAGCACAGCAGGAGUAGUGCUGAAAUUCGAUAAUCUGGGGAUUUUGUGAGCAUUGGCAGGACUGAACCACGGGCUUUGCUUUGGGUUUUAAAUGCUCUGGAGCCUGCUAUUGCUAGCCUAGUAGGACAGUGCCUGUGUGUGUGCCUUCAAAGGGUGACUUUGUCCCUGUAGCAGUUGGAAGAGCUGUUCAAGGGCACAACAGGCUCUGGUCCUGCCACUUCUGUAGUGUUUUUGUCACAGUGUCGGUCAAUCACACCAUGCAGAUACUUGCCUUUAAUUAAGAAGCAAGCUUAUUUGGGAUGGCUUGGGGGAGGAAGUGAUAUAUCAACUGUCCGACAAAAUUUGUAUUAAAGUGCUUUUCUGGCAUCAACUGACCCUUCUUCUCAUCUUCCAGAGUGUUAGACUAUUUCCCUCACAAGCAAGCAAUGGCUGUGGACGUGGCCAUGCAGCUGUACCUGUGCUCCUCACCCUUGCGCAGAGAGAAGUGCGCCUGCAAAAUUGCUCCAAAGGCCAGCAAGCCGCUGCGGCCCUGCAUCCAGCUGAGCAGCAAGGCUGCCCUGAAGGGCACAGGAGAGACAGCAAACUCCUUCCCACACAGCAAGGCGAAGAAGAGGGUGUCCUUUGCAGAUAGCAGAGGCUUCGCUCUGACCAUGGUGAAGGUGUUCUCGGAGUUUGAGGAUCCGCUAGAUAUUCCUUUCAACAUCACAGAGCUGAUAGACAACAUUGUGGGCCUGACAACCGUGGAGAAGGACAGCUUCGUCCUGGAUUUUGUUCAGCCCUCCGUGGACUACCUGGACUUCAGAAACCGCCUCCAGGCAGAUUGUGUCUGUCUGGAAAACUGCAUGCUAAAGGAGAAAUCUAUUGUGGGAACGGUGAAGGUGAAGAACCUCGCUUUUGAGAAGACAGUGAAGAUCCGGAUGACAUUUGACACGUGGAAAAGCUUUGUAGAUCACCCGUGCCAGUAUGUCAAGGAUACGUACGGAGGGUCGGACCAGGACACGUUUUCCUUUGACAUCAGCUUGCCUGAGGGGAUUCAGUCGCACGAAAGAGUUGAGUUUGCCAUUUCCUUUGAGUGCGAUGGGAAGGUGUACUGGGACAACAACAGGGGCACAAAUUACAGGGUCAUCCGGUCAGAACUGAAGUCUGCCCAGGAAGCUGUCCGUCCCCCACAGGCUCCUGACUUCGGCAGUGCAUUUGACCGGUUUGGGAGCCCUCGGUGCUCCUAUGGCCUCUUUCCUGAGUGGCCCAGUUAUUCAGGCUACGAGAAGCUCGGGCCCUACUACUGACCCGAGGACAAAGGCCAGGCUGACUGACUGCUGCUGGUGUGUCUGCAGGCCUUGGGGCUGGCCUGAACACAGGUGUAUGAAUAGGUGGAAGAAGUAUGGCUCUGUGUAGGUUAGCAUAAGCCUCCCAGCAAAACCAGAUGUGCGGUGCUCUGCUGGCGGGGGACUUAUAGUCAGAGCAGCAAAUCUGGCUCUCCAGAUGAUCAGAGGACCAAGGACUGCUCAUGUCUCUUCAGCACUUCUUCUUCCUCUUCAGUAAAGAUGCUAGUGUCCAGGGAAACACUACCGUGCUUAUAUUUUCUGUUCAAGCUGUGUAGUGGUGGCUGCUUUGUACUGCCUGUCUAGUAUUAAAAGGCUCUUUCAAAAUAUAUUCUUUUAUUACAUUGUUAGUGGGCUCUACUACAGCUGCUGGGUUCUCUUUGCAAAGCCAGCCUGUGCCUGUCAGGAAAUAGUGUGGUUGGAUUGCUGGGAAUGGAGUCCUCUCUUUGCACAUAUCCUUGUAGUGAGGCCCAUCCUACUGGAGGCAGAAAGCAUGUUUUGGAAGUGAAAAUGCAAUGUGAUGACAAGAAGUGUAGCCCUACAGCCUGCCCUAUUAGGAGAUGUGCCUGUGGCAGAGGAUCUGAUAUGCGUAGUCACUGGUUGUUAUAUCAGAUGAUCUUGAAAAUCUCUCAUACCGUUGGUGUUACCAAAAAUAGAGAUUAGCUGUGGCUGUGUGGUGCUUGUGACACAGGAAGGUGACUGUUGGGUACCUACUGUGUCAUGGAAGUGCCUUGGAUGAGAAAGGGGUGGUAUGUGCAAUCCCAGCAACACUUUGGGAUGAGCAGGCUUUGGAGCUGGUGUUGCUUUUAAGAUCUGGUAAUGGUGUAUUACUCUGUGCCAUGGACUGCUUGGCAGAUACAGGCACAGCACUGCUCAUAUGUCAGGGUGCUGUGGCUGUCCUGGAUAAACGUGCUGGGCUUCCCUCUCUGCUGAAGCAGUAUCUGCCAGUUUAACCUGCAAAUGCCCAGACUUUGCAUUGCUGGCCAUAAAAAGUGGCUCACCCCAGCUAUGCAAAGAACUAGCCAUGAGGAGAGUGAGAUAUGUGGGGUUAUCCUGGCAGCACCCCUGCAUGUGAGACAAAUCACAGAUGUGAGCCAUCUCUGUCAUUAAAGAGGUGGCUUGGCUUCUGGCUGUGUGUUGGGCUGGUGAGCUCAGCAGUGCCAAGCAGCCUCACAGAGCUUCUUGGGUGCUAACCUAGCAGAAUAACUUAAUCCUUCAGCUCAGAGAGAGAGUGCUGAAGAGUCUUACAAAUAAAGGUCAAGGAAAUGCUGCUUUUUCUAGUGCAUAAGCUUUACAUAAUUUUGGGUGCCUCUAGUAGCCUGUGGAUGUGCUGGAGAGAAGCAACAGGCUAGACUACUUAACUUUGUUAACAUAGCUUUUAAUUCUGGAGACUACUGUACAAAUACCUAGAAGCUGUUUUACUCUAACCUAGAAGGGAUGUUGGGAUCACUGUUGGAUAUCAAAAGGGACAGGAGCUUGCAGGAAGAAUAGCUGGCCUUCAACUGCUGCUUUUUGAAAAUACAGAAUCAGUAUGUGUCCUCAGUGUGCCUGAUCACUUAGCUGAGGUGGUGAAUCUCCUUGCUAGCCUAGAACUCAUCAGGUUUGGUUCCUCUGUUCAAACAGCUCCCCAAGUCAGCCCUUAGAGCCUGCAUCUCAUCUCUCUGGAGGGGACUGUUGCCUAGCUUGGCUUGGUUUUAAACUUGAGGCAAGUUUGUGUGACACUGAUAGUUUUUAUUUAUUUAGUGUAUGGUGUUGAUGUUGUAAGACACUUGGCUGUAGAAAAGUCAUGUUCUCCUGGCACCUUCUUGUGCCCAUGGAGAGCUGUUUGUGAGCCUGAACAAGGCAUGUGGGUCUGGGGUGCUGUGGAUGGUGGUGUCCCCUCAUGGGCUUGUUUUCAGGCUGUGCCUUGGGUGUGCUUAGGGAGGAACAUGGAAGAUAAGCUAGAAGAGCAGUGCCAUAAGUAAAAGCUAGGUUGGGAACUGACUAUCUGAUCAAUAGCAGUUUAAAAAUGCUACUUGUGGCCUUUCCCCUUUUCCCUUUUUCCAUUGCCAAUGUGAACAUAGAAGUGAGGAGGUUGCUCUCCUUGCUCUAUGCCUGGAAGUGCCUUGUAGGAUGUUUUGCAUGUUUGUUUUUAAAAGAUAUUUUUGUACACAACAUUCAAGUGGAAAAUGCACUUUAUAAUUGCCAUGUAAUGACUCUUUUAAAAAUAUGGCUGUUUUUAUCUGAUUGUUAAAAUAAAGGUG